AUGCAGCCCAACACGUUGCACCCUCUGCAUCUCUUUUUAUACCUCGUUUUCCCAGCCCAAAUCCACCCCAGCAACUUCCCAACCCAACCUCUAUCAAAUUACUCAAAUACCCUCCUCUCCUCAAACCCAAAUCCUCACGCUCCGCCGCCAAUGGCCGACCGCGACCGCCCGCAGCCCCACCAGAUCCAGAUCCACCCCCAGCCCCACUACGGCCGCUACGAGGGCGGCGCCAAGUCCCUCCUCCCCCAGAAGGGCCCGUCAACCGGCCAGAUUCUCGCCGUCGUCGCCCUCCUCCCCGUCACCGGCACUCUCCUCGCCCUGGCCGGCCUCACCCUCGCCGGUAGCCUCGUCGGGCUCGCCGUGGCCACCCCACUGUUCGUGAUCUUCAGCCCCGUCCUCGUCCCCGCCGCCAUCCUGGCCGCCGGUGCCGUCGCGGCGUUCAUGACGUCGGGGGCCUUCGGGCUGACGGGGCUCUCGUCCCUGUCGUGGGUCGUGAACUCGUUCCGGCAGGCGACCGGGAAGGAGCCGCUGGAUUACGCCAAGCAGCGCUUGCAGGAAGGGACCGUUUAUGUGGGCGAGAAGACCAAGCAAGUUGGGGAGACGAUUAAGAGCAAGGCUGCGCCGGAGACCGGAGGGCGAGAAGGGGUCACUGGAGCAGGGUUGAUUUUGGCAAUUACUUUGCCUGUGAUGGCUUUUUGUAUGCUCUGUAUUUUUGGUACUUAUGCAGUCUAUAUAAGAUGGAAAAAACGAAAACAAGAAUGUGAAAAUCUUGGCAAGAUUUCAUAUUCAUACAACAAAUCGAACCUGAAUUUCAAAUAUGAAACCCUGGAGAAGGCGACCAAUUACUUUGAUAAUUCACGAAAGUUGGGUCAAGGAGGAGGAGGCUCUGUAUAUAAAGGAAUACUGUCAAAUGGUAAAACAGUGGCUGUAAAAAGAUUAUUCUUUAGCACAAGACAGUGGGUAGAUGAAUUCUUCAAUGAAGUAAAUCUUAUAAGUGGGAUCGAACACAAGAACCUCGCGAAGCUUCUGGGCUGCAGUAUCGAAGGCCCUGAAAGCCUUCUGGUUUAUGAGUUUGUGCCCAACAGAAGCCUUGAAGAGCACCUUUUUGAUACGAACUAUAAUCGAAUCUUGAGUUGGAAAGAAAGAUUCAAAAUAAUCGUUGGGACAGCCGAGGGGAUUGGUUUUCUUCAUGGAGGUUGUGAGCACAGAAUAAUCCAUAGGGAUAUCAAGAGCAGCAACAUUCUUCUUGAUGAGAACUUCGAACCGAAGAUUGCUGAUUUUGGUCUUGCUCGGUGUUUUGCAGCUGAUAAAACUCAUCUCAGCACGGGGAUUGCAGGCACACUAGGAUACAUGGCCCCGGAGUACCUAGUAAAAGGACAGCUUACAGAGAAGGCCGAUGUUUAUAGUUAUGGAGUGCUGGUUAUUGAGAUCGUGUGCAGUAAGAAAAACAAUGCUUUUAUGGAGGGAUUUGGAUCCCUCCUGCAAACAGUUUGGGAUCUUUUUAAGGCAGAUAGAUUACUAGAAGCAGUUGAUCCGUGCUUACAAGGCAAUUUUCUAGCAAUGGAGGCAUCAAAAGCUUUGCGAGUCGGGCUUUUGUGUGCGCAGGCAUCUGUAGCUGAGAGGCCAUCAAUGCUGGAAGUUGUUCGAAUGCUCACAGAUGAAAAUUGUGAAAUCCCAGAACCGAAACAACCACCAUUUUUGCACGCGAAGCAUUCACAUGCCAUGAUCACCACAAAAAAAACUACUUCGGAUUCAGAAUUCUCCGAGAUAGAAGGCGAAUAA